AUGUCGCUGGACUGCUCGAAAAUCCCGGAUACUACCAACACGGAUGCUGGAGUUGCGGGUGCAGGCACCCUCUUAUCCUUCAUAAUCACAAACAUCCUCUCUAUCCUCCUCUCCGCCACCAUCAUCCUGCUCGGCCUCCGAAAAUCCACAUCGGCACCGAUAUCGCGCAAGCUGCUGCAAUCCUUCUCAGACCAGCAGAUCCUCACCGGCAUCGGCAUACAAUCCGUCGGGCUGGCCAAAAUGAACACAAUGGUGCCUUACCACUUCUUCAUCAUCUGGCUCUUGUCGUUACUCUCCACCGCGACAAACCUUGCCACGCUGCUCGCCCUCGUCAACGACUUCAAGCGCGAUUGGGUGCUCCGCUGGAUACGACAGUUUCUCAUGUUCGUCAACAUGUCGCUUGGGAUCCUCUCUGGUAUCUUCAUCUUGCAGACCGUCAUGAAGAAUAUGUCGCCCAGACUCCCUAUCGCGUGUGUCUGGCAUGUGGAGAGCAAGGGGUCGUCUGACAACGCUGCACUGAGUAUCGCGGGCACCAUUGCUGUUAUCGCCGGCCAGGUUAUUACGUUUGGAUUCGCAACUUGGUAUCUACACAAUCGGUCUAACCCGCGCUGGCUCAAGACCGUGCAAGUCAUUGGACUCUUUGCGUGUCUUGCAAUGGGUAUCGGCGCAACGACACGGGUAGUCCUUGAGUCACAGGCGUUUGGCUCGCCUCCAGAGGCUAUUCAUCUUGUUGGGCCCAGCGAGGGCAACUGGAGUUUUGGGCAGUUGCUUCCGUUGCUGCUACUUGUGCUGCCAAUUAUUAGUACUGUGGAGAUUGCGAGAGGAGAGGAACUCAAGCCGAAGAGUAAGGUGGAUGAUGAUACCACGCCGCUUUUUGCGAAUGGCUCCGAUAUGGAGUUCCAGCCCAACCCGCUGGUGGGCUCAGGGAAUACAUUGUUUAGGAAGUAA